AACUGUAAGGUUGCAAGGGGAAGAAAAAUGCCUGAACUCCGAGCUCUUCCUGAGCUGCCUGUCUACAUUGAGGAGGAUCAUCAUGAGGUUCUGCAGCAUAUUUACAAGCAUAUCGGAGCUCGUCAGCUACCUUUGGAAAACAAUACAUUAGUUCACUUUGAUUCUCAUCCUGACAUGUUGAUCCCUGGUGAUCUCAGGGCUGAAGAUUGUUAUGAUAAAUCAUCUCUUUUCAACAAGAUCUCAAUAGAGAACUGGAUUCUUCCCGGAGCAUUCGCCGGUAUCUUUAGAACAAUUAUCUGGGUUUGUCCUCCCUGGUCUGAUCAGAUUCCUCCUGGAGUUCAUAACUUUCAGAUCGGUAGAGUCAAGGAAACUGGAGGGUUGGGAGUAACCUGCCUGGAAUCCUACUAUAUUAGUGAAGGAUUAUAUACUGCUCCAGAUAAACUAGACAGUGUCCGGGACGUUAAACUGAUCGUCCUGAGGUUGGACGAGUCCGGGAACAGGUUGGACUGGUCGGACCAGCUUCUCACCGUCAAGGAGCAAUUGGACGAGGUGAACCACUUCAUACUGGACAUAGACCUGGACUUCUUCUCCACCUUGAACCCCUUCGUGAACCUGUAUAACGAGGCGAAUCUGUAUUCACAGCUUAAGGAGCUCUACACGUUUAAACCGGUUCCAAAGGAUUUAGAAUUAGAAGAGAGAAUAAGCUUAGCUCUAGAGUUAGGAGAGAAUAGAAGUAUUAUGCUAAACAGAUUAAAAUCUAUAUUCAGUUUUCUAGCAGAGGAAGAAAACCUGUCAACCUACGAAGGUUUAGGAGAAGAAUAUAUACCUAGAGUAUCCAGGAUAGUGGAUAAUCUGCGGAAACAUUAUCCAAGGUUGGAUAUUGACUGGAACCUAGUUCAUGAUGCUGGGUGUACCUUCGAUGAUUCCGAGUUACCGCAUCAUAUAUCUUCCAAACAAGAAAUACAAACUUUACUUGCUUCUACAGAGAAACUUAUCGAUUAUCUUGGUAAGAAACCAACCGUGAUAACAAUAAGUAGAUCCUCGGAGGAUGAUUACUGCCCUCCAAAUCAGGUUGAAGAUAUUCAGUCCGGAGUUCUCAGUUUACUUCAACUCAAAUAUUCAGGAGUUAAAAUACAUCAUUGUUAUCUCGACGAGUGAUCAUUUUGAACUUUAAAAUCGAGAUUGAUCAAUGCAAUGAUCAUUGUUAUUUGGACGAGUGAUCAUUUUGAUGUAUAAAAAAUCGAAGACGAUCAACGCAAUGAUCAUUUGUUUCUUCUGUACGAGUGAACAUCAAGAUUUCAUUCUGAUGUAUAAAAAUCGAGAACAAUCAAUGCAAUGAUCAUUAUUAUCUAAUGAGUGAUCAUCAUGACAAUUUUGAUGUAUAAAAUCGAAAUUUAAUAAUGCUCGUUUUUAUCUAGACAAGUGAUCAUACAAUUUCAUUUGACAUUACACCGUCGUUGUAUAGGCGAUCGAGGGAAAGUAUAAAGCAAGAUAGUUGUCUGGACGGGUUAACAUCAGGAUUAAAGAGGAUCGAGGGAAAGUAUAAAGCAAGAUAGUUGUCUGGACGGGUUAACAUCAGGAUUAAAGAGGAUCGAGGUGAAAAAAUCAAUCAAGAUAGUUGUCUGGACGGGUUAACAUCAAUAUUAAAGAGGAUCGAGGGAAAGAAUAAAUCAAGAAUGUUGUCUGGACGGUUUAACAUCAGGAUUAGAGAGAACUUGAUUUAUUAUUGCAAUCUUGAGUAAACUUAGGAUAAUAGUUAAAAUACAGGAUUUCGUCUUCUUCACGAAAGAUCUCAAUAUUUUUUCGUCCCAUCUGUGAUACGUGAUAUUUUAAAGAAUAACUGUUUGCAGA